GAAAAAGAUUUGAGAGAAAAUCAUAGAUUCGACAAAAAUGGCGGCGAGCGGUCGGUGAUUCCUUAGCUAUCUUAAACGUGUAAAAUCACUUGCUUUGUCAAUUAAUUUAUCAAGUUCACGAUGGAGCAAUUACUCAUGGAUGCCAAGAAGCUCGUGGACAGGCUAAGAGAGCACGAUAACUCUGCUGAUACUCUCAUUCGGGACGCCAGCGCUCUGAACUUCAAGUUGGAGGCGGUGAAACAGUUGCGGGAUGAAGUUACAGAACUGAAUGAAAUAGCAAAGCAUCGCGCACGGAGUACUCUUAUUCUUGGAAGCCAUGAAGAAAAUGCCAGAAUCCGUGAACUUCAGCAGGAGAACAUAGAAUUUCAAACAUCACUAGCUGAAUAUCAAUCUGCACUAGAACUUAUCAUGGCAAAGUAUAGAGACCAGGUGUCCAACCUGGUUAAAGCCAACAAAGUAGACUCUGAGUGUAUGAAGCAGUUGAAUGACUCCAAGGUACAGCAGGAACUGCAAGCGAAAGUGGAACAGAUUAAUGAGAUGGCAGCUGUCAUGGCUAAAGCCAUCUCCAUAGAUGACCAAGCUAUACAAGACGAACAGGAGAAAAUGGUGGCUCUUGAAAUGGAGAACCAAGGUCUGCGCGAGCUCUUACGAAUAAGUGGACUUACACAGAACGACCUUGAAACACACACCGCUGAAAAGAAGGGGCACAAAGGGACUAGAGAUCCUACAUCUGUGAGCUUAUCAACUAAGGGCUCGAGCACAAAGUUCCAGAGUCAAAAUCAGGUUCAGAAUGAUGGGUCUUCUAGACCCGCUAUAUCUGCAAGAUGUACUAUAGAGGAUGAGGGUCAGAGUAAAGUGUCAGUAUCGGUUACUUCUAUAGGGUCUUCUGGGAGUUCAAGUACUAUAAAGGACCCAGAUCAAGGCUAUGGAACAGAUAUCUUGACAGGGUCUACUGAUGCAAUUACGAAUCAUGAUCAAAAGAAAGAGUGUAUACCAACAGCGUCUACAGAAGAUGCGUGUUCUCAGAAUAGUGACAGCCAAGGCGAGGAAUCUUAGGAGGACUUGACUGGAUCGUCAUAAAGACGUUUAUGACGUCUUGUUGGAUGGUUUAUUAUCUUCUAUAAAUCGCAUGUUAAAUGUACAUACAGAACAGGAUAAUACUCAUCUCAGAGAACACGGCUGGGUCAUCAUAAAUUCAUCAUAUACAGAAGAAUGAAGACAUAAAGACCUUUAUGACGCCUUGUAGACUUGGAUGGUUUAUUAUCUUCUAUGAAACUCAUGUUACAUGUACCACACUAACUACAGUGUGUUGCCCAAAUAACGGACGGUACCCAAUUCCGGACAGUUUGCAUCCAAAGCCUAUUUAAAAUAUAUGACAGCGAAUUUAAAAAAUCUUAAGUGGCCAAAUUAGUAACUAACUCUCAUGCUCACGUGUGCUGUAGUAAUUACGUAGUUGGCGUUAUUACCAGCGGGAAAAUUCAAGUAUUUGAAUCUGAGUCAAACUUUGGUUCGCGUAGUUUGAAAGUUAACGGCGCAGUGAAUUUAACGCUUCAAAUAGACCCGUCCUUAUGGUAAAUUAGAGUUAAGAAAAAUACCAACUUUUUUGGUGGGAAUGAAGCACUGUAAAAUACUUUUACAAUAGAGUAGAAGUUCUUUGAUCUCGCUACUAAAGAGUGGAAGCGGUUUGAAAAUUUACUGUGCUUAUUCACGAAGUGUGCCUAAACACGGACACAAAUAGAUUGCUUAUUGGAAAUAUGUUUAAAAAGAUAACAGGAAUUAGUUUUUGCAUUUAAACUACAUUUUAGUGGGAUUCAGGUACAUAUAAACGUUGUGUCAAUUUGUGCAAUCAUAUGAUAAAGACAACGCUCGCAAAUAAUGCAACAUAAUUAGCAGCUUAUAAAAAUGUUACAAAUAGUUAGUUCUUCAAACUUUCAAAACACAUUAUAAUGGCUAUGAAGACAGCCAAAACUAUAAACUACCGCCUUUUAAGCACUUUCGGGAUUUACUAUUGAUUCUUUCUACAAUAAUUAUUUUGAUUGCGAAUUUUAUUAGUCAUUUUUAGGGGGACCCAAUUCAGAAAUAAAUAAAGUACAAACGCCGCUACGUUUGAAAGAUAUAGAUACAAAACCUGCCUACGGCAAGGUCAAAACAAGAUGAAGCGAGAAAAAGAUUUUCGCAUUUUUAUUAAGUUGAACCAGUAAAACUUAAUAAGAUUACUGUUAUAUUCCAAAUUUUACGAUUAUUUUUCGACAAAGGUUUGAUAUUUCCAGGUAUGCCUGAACGGUCGAGGUUAGUGGGUUGUUUAUUAUAUGGCUUUUUCAAAUAAAAAUGACAAGAAAACAAAUCAACUUCCGCGAAUAUCGACUAAUUUAUCGAUCAAUUUCAAAAAGGCGGGAAAACAAGAAACACUCGCCCGCUGCCAAAGACAACAUACCAAAUAGACUUUGGAGUGAAAAGGUAGAAAUAUGUUGUUUUUAGUAGCCCAAGAUGUUAAAAGAAUGGUCAUCGGAGCACCGUUCAUCAUUGAUUUCGACUCUGUAUCACGCGUGAUUUAUUAGUAAUUGAACGACUUUUCGGGCUAUUUUAUUCCUAUUUGCACGUUUUAGAAACAACAGGUUUUAUCAUAGGUGAAGUUGAUCCAAAUAAUAACAAAGAAAGCUCAGAUCUCAGUCUUCACUGCAUGAAUGGCUGUUUAGUUCGGAAACUAGACAGUAUGUAGAGAACAAACCUCUGUGUCAAAAGUUCUGAAUUGAAAUGAAAAGGCCAAUCGCUUUUAUGAUUUGAUGGAAAUAUUUUAUAUAUAAAUAACAUGUAAUACUUUGUGGGUCUUUACACCCAUUUAUUUAUUGAUUUGUUUGUUUGUCCGAUAUAAAUAAGCUUUGUAUUUCUUGGUUAUCGGUGGCGCUCGCCGGCUCGUCAUAGUUUUUCUUCUUGUCAAACUUUUCCUCUUCAAUCUCUUGAGGAUAAUAAAACCCCGACUCACUCCAAGUGCUCGUCCUCUCCCAUUAUCAACUUUAAGACCUUUUUGUUUCUUGUAUUUUUUAUUUUUUUUUGUUGACUGGCUGUCGCCCAUUUACAGUUUGAAGGUGGAAAAAAUUGCAAAAAACAGAUUGUGAAAAUCAUUUCGUAGGGCAAUACGGGAAUGUCACGACUACCAAUCACAUCGCGCGUACUAUCUUAGCCAUAUAAUAAAGAAUUAUACCCUGUGU